CACCAUUUGCCAUAACUAAAUAGUUACCUUGUACAUCAAGUAGGAAGAAUUUUAUAAUUGGUAGCCCACCGCGCGCUCGGCGUAGAGUUACUGCUUUCGUUAAAACCUUCUGUGCGUUUUGAAUGCAACAAAGUGUGACGUUUGAAUCUCACAUUUCAUCAAACAGAUGUGGAUACACUGCUCGGGAGCUGCCCAGCUGAGGUGAAGGGGAGGGCAGAGGAUCCCAAGUUCAGCCUGAGAGUGUGGAUGACCUGCCCCCGGAAACAGGACCAUGAUCUGAAGACGGCGCCGCACAUCGAACCCCAUUCUUCCUCUCCUCCUUCUCCCUCUUUUUUUUUUUUUUUUUUUUUCUUCAAAUCUACGAGGUGACACGCCUCCCCGCCCGGCUGCUGCUUCCGACAGAGUCAGCGCGCACGGAGAGGACGAACCGGAAGAGAUCAGAGAUUCGAGGAGGAAGAAAAUACAACGAAAGCCAUCCGUGACCUCUGACCUCGCCACUCCCCCCUGCCCCUCCCACCGCAACACCGGAACCAUGGGGAGGAAAAAGAUUCAGAUUCAGAGGAUCACUGACGAACGCAACAGACAGGUGACGUUCACCAAGCGGAAGUUCGGCCUGAUGAAGAAGGCUUACGAGCUGAGCGUGCUGUGCGACUGCGAGAUCGCCCUCAUCAUCUUCAACCACUCCAACAAGCUGUUCCAGUACGCCAGCACCGACAUGGACAAGGUCCUGCUCAAGUACACCGAGUACAACGAGCCGCACGAGAGCCGGACCAACGCCGACAUCAUCGAGACGUUGCGAAAGAAAGGCUUUAAUGGCUGCAACAGCCCAGAGCCCGACGGAGACGACUCCAUCGACCAAAGCCCGCUAAACGAAGACAAGUACCGCAAGACCGAGGACCUGGACAGCCUCUUCAAACGCUACGGCUCUACCGUCCCACAGCCCACCUUCUCUAUGCCAGUCACCGUGCCAGUAUCCAAUCAGAACGCGGCGGCGGCGGCAGCCCUCCAGUUCAGUAAUAACCCCGGCGGCGCCCUGGUCACCACCACCUCCUUUGUCACCUCCACCCUCACAGACCCCCGCCUCCUGUCGCCACAGCAACCGGCUCUGCAGAGGAAUACCGUGUCGCCAGGGUUACCACAACGACCAGCCAGCGCAGGUGCUCUGUUAGGAGAUCUGGGGAACUCAAACGGAGCGUGCCCGAGUCCAGUCCCUAACGGCUACAUCAGUGCCAGGGCCUCCCCGGGCCUCCUCUCCGUCUCCAACGGCAACAGCCUGGGGAAAGUAGUCCCAGCUAAGUCUCCGCCUCCGCCCAGCCCUCAGAUGGUCAACAGCCGCAAGCCGGACCUGAGGGUCAUCACCUCGCAGAGCGGCAAGAGCCUCAUGCAGCUGACAGAGGAAGAGCUGGAGUUGGUGAGUGAGAACGCCCAGCGGCUAGGCGGCUCCCAGGUGGCGCAGUCGCUCACCACACCAGUGGUCUCCGUGGCAACACCCAGUCUCCUAGCGCCCUUCUCCGGCAUGCAGACGGCCUACAAUACCGAGUACCAGCUGACGAGUGCAGAUCUCACAGCGCUCCAGACGUUCACACCACCGGGGCUGGUGCCUGGCAACAUGGCUGCCUGGCAACAGCAACAGCAACCGGCAGUCACCCAGCAACAGCAGCAGCAGCAGCAACAACAGCAACAGACCCAGCAGCUGAGCUUGGCGUCGCUCAGUAACUUGGUCAUGUGGGGUGCAGAGAAACAGAAUGCGGAGAUGGUUAACUGCAUCUCCAAUAUUGCUGCUAACCUGAGGCCGGUGGGCCACAUACCUCAGGGCGCAGCACUGACAGUCAACACGAACCCCAACGUCAACAUCAAGUCCGAACCCGUCUCACCGAACCGCGACCGCAGCACUCCCAGCUCCACCAGCGGCGGGGGAGGCGGAGGCGGAGGGGGCCAGGGUCAGAUCCAGGGCCAAGGUCUGGUGUCAGUCGCCUACCCCGGUACCCUGCGCCUGGAAGUGGGAGGCCAAGGCCGCUCGCCCGUCGACAGCCUGAGCAGCAACGGCAGCUCGUACGAAGGCAGCGACCGGGAUGACGGUCAGGGUCGAGGCGGGGGUCAAGAGUUCCACCACCAGGCGGGCACCCAACAGCCCGCCAUGGUCCUCCUGCGGCCCUCUUCGGCCGAACCCCAGGAGCAGGACGGGACCAACGUCAAGAGAAUGAGACUGGACACCUGGGUGACAUAAAGAGAUAACCGGAGAGGGAUAGACGGACGGACAGAUGUAGGAUGGAAAUGGAGAUGUGUACUUGUGGCUUGUGUACAUGCCCCCACCAGCCCCGACUCCCCUGAUCUCUUUCCCUGCGCAUACACACACACACAUACACACACACACACACCAUCAACCCAGUAACCUACCGUCCAAACAGGAAACUGACCUCACACACACACACACACACACAUACAGACACAAGCAUGCUAACAUGUCGCACGUGUGGACACUGAAGCGCACUUGUAUGUCAAUGUGCAUACACAUUUGAACUCUAAUGUACUUUCACUCACACACACACACACACACACAUAUAAAACCUUGAGGGGUUGAGCCACCAAACCAGGGAUUAUUUGUCAAAACGAUUACAACGUUGGACUUUAUUCAGCUGUAUUUGAAUAGAAGUUAGUUUUUAAUCUGAGAAAUGGUCUGAAGGCUACAGUGGCUAAUAAAUCCCUAAAUUUAGCCACUUGGAACUAUUUCACGUUCACACGUCGCUGGCAGAGCAGACAAACAUACCAGCCUUUUGUUUCCCAGCAUGCCCUGCAUUUGGUUAAGCGGCUGGUGGUAUUCUCCACAUCCCCCCCCUCCUCCCUCAUCAUGUCCUCUGUCUGUUUAUCCACAGUAGGUUUUUUUGGUCGAAACACCACUGCGCUGUAUUAAAACAGUGGCACCAAAUGAGUCCACAUCUUUGUACACAUCAGCCCGAACACGGUUGUCUUGCUAAUCGCUCUAGAUUCUUGUUUCUUUUUCUAAGAGCCUGGGGGCCGUUUUCGCCCCUUUUUAAAAGCGUGACGUUUUUUUGUCCGUCUGUCUUGACUGUUGAUCUCUUAAGAGUUUGGAUUCGUUUCAGUUUUGAAUAUUAAGACACUAAAAAAAAAAUGAAAAACUUGCCUCCCUCCCCAGCCGAACCAGCGGCCGUGUCAACACGCUGGCGCUUUGGCCCCCCCCCCACGUACAAGACUGAAGACCCCCGGGGUCUUUAUUUAAUCUGAACCUUGCAGACUAGCUGUAAAAAAAACGAGGAACAUGAUUUGUUGCCGAGGUAAAAAGACUGCUUUUCUUUGAAUCAGGGAUGAGCUGCAACGGCUCAACGACACAUGACGCAGAUACUCUCUAGUUUUGCCCACAUUGUGUCAACUGCAGAUGCUGAGAAAGGCGUGUGUGUGUGUGUGUGUGUGUGUGGUGUUUAUGUGUGUGCGUGUAUACGGGUUUGUUACCUCAACUGGUCAUUUUUUUUAACUAAGUGAUUUGGGCAAAUGUUCAUUCUUCAAUUUCAUCCUUGAACACACACCUGCGAUGCACACAGCUGACUUUAUUUUUGUGAAGCGAAUCACGUUUUGAAUAGAUAGCUGAUGUUCAAAGGGGAGAAUCGUGAGGUACCAUGUAUAUAAGCAAUCUGUAACCUUUGUGGCUUUUGUGUGACAGGGAUAAGGUGUUUUGAAGGUUUUAAAAACAAAAAAAAAAUAGAUCAUAUACAAGUAUAUAUUUAAACAGCUUCAGGCGGUAGCAAGGGCAGCUCUGCAUCUGGGGCAGGAGACUACAACAGACGACAGGGAUUGUAUAUAUAAACUAUAUAUUCGGCAGGAUAUCCCUUAACGAAACAGAGAAAAAAAAAAUGAAAGCAAACACAUUGAUUCUCAGUGGAUCAGUCUUUUUUUUUUAUUAUUAUUAUUAUUUAUGCGUGUAUAUAAAUUGUAAUAUGUUGACGAGCCAAGAGAGGGUGCUGUAGAGACAGAAAGGGAAGACGUAGCCGUGGCGACUCGGACUGUUUUGAGUGAGUAAUGGUUAGGACUCUGUCACUGAUGGAGCGCACUUUACCUUAAACCCCCCCCGAUCCCCGACACCUUAACACACCUGACCCACGGACACAAACGCACACAUACUGUACUGUACAUGCUGUACACACUAGAGUUACACUGAUAUACCGGCUGCCUGCAAGGCUUUUGUUAAAAAAUUACAAUCACAAUUUUGCACUUUUUUUUUUUCUCUUAACUCCAAAUUCUGUUUUGUUGUAGUUCACCUGUUACUGUGGUUUACAGCCAAAAUAUAGUUUUAAAAUAAUUUAAUGGAUUUAACUGAUCACAAAUCAGAAACAUUGAAGAUUUUGAGAUUAAAUAUAAUAGGAAGACAGUAAAUAAAACAACAAAAAGUACAAUUUUUCCAAAGUAUGUUGCAAAUUUAUUUAAAACUUCCUUAAAUAAAAUACCUUAACUCCAAAUUCUGUUUUGUUGUAGUUCGCCUGUUACUGUGGCUUACAGCCAAAAUUUUGUUUUAAAUUAUUGAUUUAACUGAUCACAAAUCAGAAACACUUAAGAUUUUGAGAUUAAAUAUAAUAGGAAGACAGUAAAUAAAACAACAAAAAGUACAAUUUUACAAAGUAUGUUGCAAAUUUAUUUAAAACUUCCUUAAAUAAUUUAUAAUUGAAUGAUAUUAUAGACAUAAUUGUAACAUUUCUAGUCAAAAUUUUUUAUGUUUUUUUUCUAAUAGUUUAAUAAUACCAAUAAAUUGUAAAUUAAAUGUAUUUGUUUCAUUCAUUAACUAACUAACCGCUGAAAUACAUCCAAAAUCUUUCAGUGUAAAAACUACGAAAAACACACAAAAGAGCUGCAAACGUUAUUUCAUCGUUCUGUCUUUUAGAGUUCGGUGUCCAGUGAUGGUGUAAAUUCUGAUAUAUAUACUUAUUUUUAAGUAUUUUUUUGGCAUGUCAAAGUAUUGGUUUAAAAUGAUGAUCUAACCCCCCCCUCCCCCCUCCCUACUUAUUAUUAAGUAUUUGCAGCCUCAGGACAAAAUCGCCAGUAUUAUCUCUCCCAAACAUAUCACCUGAACUCUAGACGACACACAUACACACACACACAGAUAGAUUGAUAUGAUUAAACAAGCCAAGGAUGCCCCCCCCCCCCCCUUGUCCCCGUCUUCGUUUUAUAAGUUAACCUUUUCCUCUUAUUAAAAGCCAUGUAUCUAUAGGAUCUCUCCUCCGCCUGUCACUGGUUCGCUGUAGUUUUAUAUUACUGAGAGUUAAAAAAAAAAGACUAUGAAAGCAAAAGAAAUGUGAAGGAUGUCAUUUUGUACUCAAUAAACGUGGCAAAGGGUGAUUUUUUUUUUUUUAGUGGGUAGAUUUUUAAAAACAUAGCGGUCAAGAGUGCAAAUUCAUGUAUUUAUUUUCUCCUAAAAGCACUCUCAGCCUCCAUCCAUGCGCUUGUUAAAAGCUUCGGACAAAGUGUUUGGGUAUCGUUGUCGUUAAGCCGGAGGUUUCAGAACCAGUCAUGAUCUUUUAAUGACUACCUCCCUCAAAUCCAAACGCAGACCUGUCAACUUUGAGGUUUUUACCACAUCCUAUGUCAUGGGCAGGCCCUCGUCACCUCCCACUCA